AUGGCCUCCCCCUCCUCCUCCUCCACCACCCCUCCCACUCCACCACGCAUCCUCCUCACCGGCGCAACCGGCUACAUCGGCGGCACAAUCCUCCACACCCUCCUCACCACGCCGUCCCCCUCCCACGCCCUCCCAAUAACCUGCCUCUUGCGCUCCCCCUCCGCCGCCGCCCUCCUCACCAGCACCUACGGGCCCUCCCUCGUCCAGCCCGUCCUCUACGCCGGCCUCGACGACCUCCCCGCCGCCACCGCCGCCGCCGCCACCGCCGCCGACAUCGUCAUCAACGCCGCCCUCGGCUACCACGCCGCCGCCGCCCACGCCCUCAUCCGCGGCCUCGCCCAGCGGCAGCGGCAGCACCCCCCGCAAACAACCCCCCUGCACCCACCCUACUACAUCCACCUCUCCGGCGCCUCCAACCUCGCCGACCGCAGCCUCUCCGGCGCCUGGACCGCCUCCCCCCGCACCUUCGACGACUGCCCCACCUCAACCUUCUCCAUCCACGCCUGGCAACGCACCCUCGACUCCACCCACCCCUACAUCCAACGCACCGCCGAGCUCUCAUCCGUCGCGCUCGGGCUCGAGCUCGGCGUGCGCACGGUCGUGAUCAUGCCGCCGCUGGUGUGGGGGCGGGGGACGGGGACGGGGAAGCGCGAAAGCACGCAGGUGCCUGCGUACGUGCGGGUGGCGGCGCGGCGGGGGCGGGCGGUGGUGAUGGGGGACGGGCGGGGGGAGUGGGACCACGUGCACGUGGAGGAUUUGGGGGGGUUGUAUCGGCUCGUCGUGGAGGCAAUCGUUGCUGGUGGUGGCGGCGCUGGGGCGGGCGUGCCGGUGGGGGAAGAGGGGGUGGUGUUUGCGGCGGAUGGGAGGCAGUCGUGGAGGGAGGUGGCGGAGGCGGUGGGGGAGGUGGGGGUUGCGGAGGGGAGGUUGAGGGAUGCGGGGGUGGAUGAGGUGAGUGUGGGGGAGGGGACGAGGUUGUUUGCGGAGGCGUAUUUGGGGGAGGGGGUGGAUGAGGAGAUGGUCGAGUUGGGGUUGGCGAGUCAUGGGCGGACGGUGCCGAGUGUGGCGAGGAGCCUGGGCUGGAAGCCGACGAAUGGGGGGGAGGAGGCGUGGAGGAGGGGGCUGAGGGAGGAUAUCAAGGUGGCGUUGCAGUCGUGCUAG